AUGGGACUCAAGAGAAGAACAGUCGCCAGAUUAGCUGCUUCACAUCCACAGUUAAGAUCAAUGGAACAAAAAGCUCAUACUAGCGCCAUCAACACUUAUAGCGCAGAGAUUCUUCAACAUUUAACCAAAUUAGAAUCAACUUGCAAGACUUCUCCUCAAUUGAUUCAAUCUCAACCUCAAAUCACUGUUGCUAUGAGACCUAUCCUUUUUGAUUUCUUGAUGGAUGUUCAUAAUAGAUUAAAAUUGUCAAAUCAAACCUUCUUUUUGAUGAUCAACAUUAUUGACAGAUACUGUUCUUUAAGAAUUGUUAGAAAAGAUCAUUUCCAAUUAUUAGGUCUUACUGCUUUGUGGUUAGCUUCUAAAUAUAGUGGUUCAAAGCAUAAAGUUCCAAGUAUUGAUUUCUUGAGAGCUACUUGUUGCAACUGUUAUUCCAAAAAUUUAUUUGUUGAAAUGGAGUCUCAUAUUUUGAAAUCAUUAAACUGGGAGGUUGGUUCUCCAAGUCAUGAUUCUUUUGUUGACUUGUUAUUGAAAGAAAAUUUUUUAAAUUUCAAAAAUGAAAGAAUCAAUGAAAUCAAACAUGGUGCAAAUUAUUUAUGUCAAUUGAGUCAAUUUUUUACAAGAAUUACAUUUAACUAUUCAAUUUCAAUGAUUUCAAUUGCUUCUGUUUUAAUCAUGACCAAUUCAUUAACUUUAUUAAAUGACAAUCAAUUUGUUCAUUUUAACACACAAACUAAUAACAAUGGCAAAUUGAAUAAACUUUGCUCAUUGAUGUUGAAUGUCAUUAGAGAAAAUCCAUUACCACCAUCAUUUCAAACCAAAUAC